AGGCGCACGCCGUCCUCCGCUGACAUUGACAUAGACAAGCACACACAAAGACACGCACUUACCGGAGCUUCGAAACCAUCUUUUAUAUCUUUGCGAACUUUGUGAAGCGAGAGAGAGAGUAGAGUUCCGUUUCAGGGCAACGCACUGCUUCAGAGAGAGCCAUGGGUGCCGCUACUUUCGUUGAGAUCAUUCUCGCGAUCUUUUUGCCUCCACUCGGAGUGUUCCUCAGAUACUCCAUUGGGGCUGAGUUCUGGAUUUGUCUACUAUUGACAAUCUUGGGAUACAUCCCCGGGAUUUUGUAUGCGCUCUAUGUCCUCUUGGUUUAGGCCACUGGUAGAGGCGAACAUACGAGACCAUCGAAUUUAUCGAGCUUGCAGUUCGGGGAAUACACGUUCUUGGCACGAAUAAUGCUACCCCUGCUGCACCUCUGAGAUUAAUUUUCAGGUGUUUUUAAAGCAUUUACUCUGCAGGAUGACUUUUUUAUGGGUUUAAUAUUGGGCACUGAAAAUAGGGCGCAAAGGCAGUGAAUGGCAAGUACAGUAUGCAACUGCCCCGUAUUCGCCAUAGAUAGGUUGAUUUUGGAGAUAUUGACACAAAGGCUUCAUUAGAAAUCCUGUAUAGUUAGUGGGUUUGAAUGAGGUGACGACGGUUCUUGCUGCUUUUGCAUGAGUUACUGUCUCAUCUAAUGCUGUGAAAAACGUCUUUGUUUGGAAUAAAUAUCAAUAGUUGAGAUGGACCGAU